AUGAUUAAAACUGGUGUAUUUGAGUUGUUUUCAAUUUCUUUAAUAGACCAUAAUGAAAUAGAAGUAUUCAGCAUUCCUGGUUCAGGAGAAAUUCAAUUUAUGAACCAAUUAAUAUCAAAUAUUCUUGAAUUAAAUGAACAAACUAUUGUUUAUUUUAUUAAUAUAAUACCUCAAUUUGAUUUAUAUGAUUUAUCAAACAGAAUUCAUAACGAAGAAAAGUUGAAAAGAGUUAAAAUAUAUGAAUGUUAUCAUUCAUAUGAUGAAUUAGUGGCAAUACUAAAAUUAAUGGAAUUUAUAAAAGAUUAUGGGGUUGUAAUAAUUAAUUCAAUUACAACUGAGUAUAGAAAAUUAUUUAAUAUUUCAUUUGAUCAUUUUUACUCUUCAAUUCAUAAUUUAGUCAAAAAGAAUCCUAUUAUUUAUUUUAGACAAAACCAACCUACAAAAGCUGAAUUACAUUAUUUUAAAAAUUCAUUAAUUGGUUUUUAUUCUUUAAUUAAUUCAACAUACAACAUUGAUACUUAUUCAAAAACUCAUCGCUUUAUAAUUGAGUCAUUAUUAAUUGAUGGUGAAUAUCAACAAGUGUUAAGACUUUAUGGAACAAAACAAGUAUAUUCAUUUGAAUGUUCUCAACAUGACUUUAAAAUUAUUUGGAAAUAUUAA